GCGACCGGACGCGCAUGAAAACCGCGCUCAGCGCCGCUCACACUCGCGUCGCAACGCGCUAUGUCGCCCUUUAGACGACUAACUAGUGUAUUUGAAUAUUUAAACUUGUUUUCUUUUAAAAGUGUGGGAUGUAGCCCGGAAGCACAACAGUGAAUUGUAAUAAAUAUUUUGUGACAAAUAAUCGAGACUAUUUUAACAAAUAGGGAGAGUAAUUUCUUUAUUAUUUAACCCGACGAUGGUGUCUGAAGGGGCUCUGCCCGUUGUAUGGUGUAUGCGUGAUAACCAACUUGUACCUCACCAGGUAUCCGGUGUUAAAUUACAAGGUGUUGUCACCGGGGCACACAUAGCUGCUGUUACAGACUUUUUACGCAUGGUAGCUGGUACCCCUAUUAUUUUACCCCAUACGAGUUUGCCGGAAAAUAUAGACAAUGAUGUUAAUCAAGAAAAGGAAAACACUACUAGACAACGAAAAUUAUCCAUGCAAGUGGAAGUGCCUUGUGUUUUUCUAUCUGAAAGUGCAUUACAGAAGGCAAAAAGCCGACAUAAUUCUUUAGAAGAAAAAAAGGUAAUAUUUGAUAAUUCAAAUAUGAAUGAUGCAUGUUGGAAAAAAGAUAAUAUGUCAUUUAUGAAUUCAACAAAUAAUAUGUUGUGUAACAAAGCUAUGAUGGAAAAAGAUUGUUUAAAAAGGCCUAGUUAUUCCGAAUCAGAGACAGAAAACAUAACUCAAAGAAUUACAAGAAUAAUAGAUCUAGAUAAUUUAAAUAACGAAAAAUGUAAUAACGACAAGGAUGUGGAGCCUACUCAAAGGAUAACGAGGAUAAUCGAAUUUAAAGAUAAUCAUUUACCUUUACCAGUAUCCAAAGACAUGGAAAAUGAAGUGCCACAGAAAAUAACUAGAAUAAUAGAAUUUAAUGAUAAUAAUUUAUUUUCAACGAAUAAUGAAGAUACUGAUGGAAAUAAUGACCAAAAAAUAACGAAAUCUACAGAUUCUGCUUAUCCUAGUAUGGCUAAAAUAAUAGAGAUGGAAAAUGAAAAAUCAAAUGAAAGGAGAAUUUCAUUGACCAGCGAGCGCGAAAUUAGUUGCGGGCUUGAUAAUUGCCAUGAAGAUAUAGCAAUGACAAAAUUCAGGCCUCUGCAAAGAAGUAGGUUUAGUGUAGAUUCCUCGUGCUCCGAAAACUCUUACGCAAAUAUCGAAUCAAUAAAUAAGAGUUUACAGGAUGAUAAAAAAGAGGAUAAUUUAGAACCUAUAAAUGCGGAUCCUCUGUUAGCUACAAAACCAAUCAUUCGUUCUCGUUUUCGAAGAAAAAAAACUUCGGUUUGUUCCAUCGGGUCUUCGGACUGUGAUGAUGAAGUAGAUGUAAUAUUUAAAUCUAAGCCGAAAUCUAGUCAGUGGGUGAGUCUGGAUUGGAUUCCACCUCAUAAAGAAGAACCAGUGAUAACGCAUGUCUGUGAUAAAAACGAUUUCAUAUCGAAAUGGAUUGCGGAACAAAAUUCCCAAAGUUCAGGAAUUAUACCUGAUGAAAGAAGAAGAAGCCUGCCUCCUAAAUCUAAUGAAAUUUAUUUACAAAACAUGAGAAGAUUUAGCGAUGGUUUGCAAAUUUGUAAAGAGGAUGCGGCCAGCGAUUCACCUGCUACAGUGAAAUGGAAAUGGCAUGAUAUUGUUAAACGACAUCUACAGCUCUUAACAAAUGAUAAAGGUUUUAGACGACAAAGGGGAAGUUGGAUGCGAACAGCCCGAAGAUUGUCUCAUUCAAACGUAAAUAAUAGUUUGGAUACCUUGCCAUUGGAUACAUAUAUGAAGCUGAACACAAUGCCGUGGUACUUCCGCAAAAUAAAACGAAUCGAGGCGGAGAAGAAAUUGCUCCUGCCUGAAAACGAACAUGGUGCUUUCCUUAUUCGUGAUUCGGAAAGCCGUCAUAAUGACUUUUCACUAUCUGUUCGCGACGGUGACACGGUGAAGCAUUACCGCAUCAGGCAGCUCGAUGAGGGCGGCUUCUUCAUCGCCCGCCGCACCACCUUCCGAACGCUGCAAGAGCUGGUGGAGCACUAUAGCAAGGACGCGGAUGGGCUCUGCGUGUCGCUCAACAACCCGUGUGUACAGGUGGAGAAACCGGUGACAGAAGGUCUCUCGCACAGAACAAGGGACCAAUGGGAGAUCGACCGGUCCUCCCUGAAGUUCGUGCGCAAGCUCGGCCACGGCCAGUUCGGCGAAGUAUGGGAGGGGCUCUGGAACAGCACCACCCCAGUCGCUAUCAAGACCCUGAAGUCAGGCACGAUGGACCCGAAAGAUUUCCUCGCUGAAGCGCAGAUCAUGAAGAAGCUGCGGCACAGCAAACUGAUUCAGCUGUACGCGGUGUGCACGCUCGAGGAACCCAUAUACAUCAUCACAGAGCUGAUGAAGAACGGCUCGCUUUUAGAAUAUUUGCAAGGCAAGGGCCGCGGUCUCAAGCUACAGCAGCUGAUAGACAUGGCGGCGCAGAUAGCGGCCGGUAUGGCGUAUCUCGAGUCGCAGAACUACAUACACAGAGACUUGGCCGCGAGGAACGUGCUCGUUGCUGAGGCGAACAUCGUGAAGAUCGCUGACUUUGGUCUAGCGCGGCUUAUUAAGGAGGAUGAAUACGAGGCUCGCGUGGGCGCCCGCUUCCCGAUCAAGUGGACGGCGCCCGAAGCGGCCAACUACAGCAAGUUCUCGAUCAAGUCGGACGUGUGGUCGUUCGGCAUAUUACUCACUGAACUCGUCACCUACGGACGGACGCCUUAUCCGGGCAUGUCGAACGCGGAGGUGAUGCACCAGGUGGAGCACGGCUACCGCAUGCCGUGCCCGCCGAGCUGCCCCGCGCCGCUGUACGAGAUCAUGCUCGAGUGCUGGCACAAGGACGCGCUCAAGCGGCCCACCUUCGAGACGCUGCAGUGGAAGCUCGAGGACUUCUUCACCAUGGACAACUCGGAGUACAAGGAGGCGGCCGCCUACUGAGCCCGGCCCGCCCUGCCCAACCACCGACACAACGCACACGCCGCGAGCGUGUACCACAUGCCGCCGGAGCUGCAGCUGCUGCACAACAGCGCGUCGCUGCAGCACCUGCACGCGCACGCGCACCCGCACGGCCACGCGCACCCGCAC